AAAUCCACAGCCUUGGGACAACUCCGUUAUAACCUGCCUGGAUAAAAAUGUAAUUGCAUUGCGCAGGACUUUUCUGUCGUAAGAAAAGAUAUCUUUUCCCGAGGACUGUGCGUUUUAUCCGACACCACCAUGCCACAGGUCCUUCACUGCACCAUAGCAACAUAAUGGCAUGUAGGAGCGGCUGCUGCUGCGGCUCCGGACCAAUAAACGAUGAUAACGCGAGGUUCCUGCUGCUGGCUUUGUUCAUCAUUAUAUAUCUCCUCUGUGGAGCUGCAGUGUUUUCCGCGCUGGAGCAACCAAAGGAGCGGGAGGCGAAAGAGCGCUGGGCGCAGAGGUUCGAGCUGUUCAGCCAGAAGUACAACCUGAGUAAGAAAGAGCUGAAUAACUUCCUCAGGAACUACGAAGAGGCGAACGUAGCGGGUAUCCGUGUGGACACGAUCAGACCUCGAUGGGACUUCACCGGCGCUUUUUACUUCGUGGGAACUGUGGUGUCAACCAUUGGGUUUGGGAUGACCACCCCUGCCACCAUUGGAGGAAAAGUCUUCCUGAUGUUCUAUGGCCUGCUUGGCUGCGCAGCAACGAUCCUCUUCUUCAACCUCUUUUUGGAGCGUGUCAUCACCGUCAUCGCCGUUGUCCUAAGGUCCUGUCACAAAAGACGCCACAACAAAGUUGUGCUCCCACCAAAUGGCCGGCAGGUCUCUGAGGGAAACAGAGCAGGGGGAAGUGCAGGAAAAGGAGAUGAGCUGGCUGGCUGGAAGCCUUCGGUCUACUGUGUCAUGCUCAUUCUAGGAGCAGCAGCUAUCUUGGUGUCCUGCUGUGCCUCAUUCAUGUAUUCGGCAGCUGAGGGCUGGGGCUACCUUGACUCGCUCUACUUCUGCUUUGUGGCCUUCAGCACCAUUGGUUUUGGAGACAUGGUGAGCAGCCAGAGGGUCGUUUACGAGGGUCACGCCACGGCCGCAUAUCGGCUGGGCAACUUCUUCUUUAUCCUGACUGGCGUUUGUUGUAUCUACUCCCUCUUUAACGUCAUCUCCAUCGUCAUCAAACAAGUCCUCAACUGGCUGCUGAGGAGGCUUGAAGCCCCCUGCCGCUGCUGUUUCCCCAGGAGGGGUCACCAUCCGCAUCGGCAUCCCCGACGGAACGUGGUGGCCCCGGGUCACAUGCGUGCCCGCAGGGACCUCUCCAUCGAGACGGACGCCAUUAACGAAAGCGAGACUGACACCGGGCGCAGGAUGUCUGGGGAGAUGAUUUCCAUGAGGGACUUCCUGGCAGCCAACAAGGUGAAUCUGGCUAUUAUGCAGAAGCAGCUUUCGGAGAUGGCCAUCGGGCACCCGCGCCAGUCUAGCUCCAGUUCACGUCAGAAUGGAUUCUCAGGAGGGGUGGGUGCCCUUGGCAUCAUGAACAAUCGACUGGCAGAGACUAGCGUGGACAGAUAGGGGAAACAGUGUGAAUCCUUUUCAAAGGAUACAAAAGGCUGAGAGGAUGAGACGACAAACUGACGCUGAGGACUGUCUUCCUGGAAAAGAUUUGGCUGAAGAUUUGAGUGGUUUACAAAACUGAAUUUAUGACUAAGUAAUUCAUCUUUUCCAUUGACAAGCAACCUGACCCCCAGCAGUUACCUUUUUUCCUGUCGAGACUGAACAUGAAUGAUGCAUGCUAGUUUGCUGGAGUCUCACAUCUGGACCAGGCUCAGCGUGCAGGAAUGUUACCCUGUGAGGAAUUCAGUUUCCAUGGUGAUAAAAAGCCUGCCUAGAGCCUUGUAUCUAAGCCUUAAAACAUGAUGCACUACAUGCUACUUCACACCUGACCGCAACUUCCACUCAUCCAUCAUACUUAUCACUAUGACUCUACCCACGUCCAUGCUGUGUCUAACAUAAAAAUAGCUUUAAUAAAAUGGGUGUGAUUUUGAUUUGUGUCUAACAGUAGUUAUUACAUAAGACUUGGUGUCAUAUAGAAGCCUAAUUAUAAUUAUUUCAUGGUUUAUUGAAUGUUUAUCUUAAAUGCAGAAUGCAAGAUUCUGUAAUUAGACUCUCAAAUGGCACUCGUUUCUAUUAUUUGUAACUCAGACAAAUGGUCCACGGCCUUAUUAUUGCCCAUUCAAUAGCCUCCAUCUUGGCACCGCUUUCAUUGAUUAUCUCUUCGACAAAUAGAAGACAAAACCCCAAAGGGACCUCAAUACAGAACAAACAGACCUAUCUCUAGCUGGAUGGGUGGUGUUCGGAGCCUGAGAUGACGCACAUUGUGUGAGACUGCUGUUUACUUUGGGUUUUGUUGCACAUUAUCCAAGCACAGAUGCAGAAUUGAGUAAUUUUCACACCUGAUGUCGACCUACAGUCCCUGUAGGCGAUUAGUAUGGAUAAAAAUGCAGUGAAACAAGUUGCUCCAGGGCUUAUUUUAUGAUUUCAUCUCAUAGGAUUAUGUUUUCCUGUAGUCUUGAUUCACUGCAGGUGCAGUAAACAAAAACACAGAAACUGUCAAUAAAAUGCGUGUGGAGUGAAACCUACAAGUGGCCAAUCAAGAUGACUACUUAUGGACACUAUAUUAGGCUUGAAAUAUUGUAUGGAGAUCUUCAUGUUCUUUGUAAAUGCAUCUGUGAGUAAAUUACAGGGUGACAAUUCCCCACGUUCCACUUCUGACGUCGCCAGCUGAGCUGAGGUAUAUCUCAGUUAAGUGUGUCUGAUUUCCAGAGAUCAGUAGCCAAGAGAUAACCUUCUUUGGUGUUGUCUUGAUGAAACAAUAUCCUAGCAAACCUGCAAAGAAAGAAUCCGAUGAAAUAUUUUUGUUACUGAUUUUUUUAGAAAUGCUUUCCAGUGGUUGUAUGAAUACUAUAUCUGUGAGUCAUCUGAUGUAAAAUCCUUUUCAGUUCACAGCACAAACUGAGAAGAAGGAGAUGAGAUCCAGAUAGCCCACAGCAUUAAUAAAACAUAUGCAGAGUGAAGAAUAUAUUUGUAUGAAUAGAAAGAAAUU